GGCUGAUAACAGCAGGGUGAGGUGCAGACUCUGGAAGGAGAGGGAUAUAGGCAGAGCUACCAGCAAAGCAGUAGAGAAAGUGCCCACGGUACAAGAGGCAGCAGUGGGGAUCGAGUCAAAGCCAGAGGCAAAGAACAAGAAAGUCACUUAGGACCCAAAGAAAGUAGGACUGCAGAGGGUCCACAGGCAGGGGGAGCUGUGAGCCAUGCCCCAUAGCUCUGACAGCAGUGACUCCAGCAGUUUUAGCCACUCAUCUUCCUCCAGCAAACAGGAAUCUUCUGAUGACAUGAGAAAAGUGCAGAGAAGGGAAAAGAAUCGCAUCGCAGCUCAAAAGAGCCGGCAAAGACAGACGCAGAAAGCUGAUACUCUGCAUGUGGAGAGUGAAGAUUUAGAGCGGCAGAAUGCUGCUUUGCGCCGGGAGAUCAAACAACUGACAGAAGAACUGAAGCAUUUCUCCACAGUGCUGACUUCCCAUGAGACUCACUGCUCUAUCCUUCAUACACAACCCCCAGUCCCCUCAGAGGUGCUUUAUACCCCACUCUCCUUCCACCAGGCCCACAUCAGCUCACCGUGUUUCCAGCACUGAGGCCAGCUGCUUGGACUGGGAAAUGUUUACAGACUCUGCAGAAAGAGAGGCAAGGCCUCACGUGGGUCACUGCUACAGAGGAAGCGUUAGGGGUAUCCCUAUGCUAACUUGACCCUGUUCUGAAUAAGGAACAUAAUGACUGGGACUGGGUCUUUGUGCAGAAACUGGGACAUGCUGGAGCUACCUGCAGGGGGUUGUGUAUAUAAACUAAAUCUAGAAUAAAUGGGAAACAGGAGAUGCUAUCAAGAGCAGUCCUUCCCAUUUUUCUGGGAGAAAGACAGGUUUAUAAAUGUUUUAAUUAAAUAAUAAUAUUCAAUUGUUUGCACUGGAACACUCAUUCGAAAAGUAUCAGACAUAGAGAUGUAUUUCUCCUCUUACUGCCACUGGUAAGAGAGGAAGGGUGACAAGACUGUUCCCCUGUU